CUCAAACUCUCAUUCUCUUUCUCUGUUCUCUUUCUUAUUGUGUUGCUUGAAAUCUAUAGAGAGGCAGCACAAUGAAGAUUUCCAAUAUUUCUUCAGCCGUUUUCAUCUUCCUUGCCAUUUUCAUGAUCUUCCUUCCAACAGUCAUGUUUGCCCGGCAUGUUGGGUUAUCUCCUCAAACAUACCAUGACGACGACAUCGACGGUGAUCGUGGUGAAGAUGCAGCAUGGCAUGGCAUAACAACAAAGAAUGUAGUGGCGGCGCAAGAAAAUAACUCCGGUAGCAGUAGAGAAAACAUGAGUAGGUACAACAUUGAUGGUGGUGAUAAGCAAAUGGGACACAUGAAGAGGGCUCGACCACUACAAGUGGCUGCAGGCUCAAGACUGCCGGAUUGCUCUCACGCAUGCGGCUCGUGCACACCUUGUAGACUCGUGAUGGUCAGCUUUGCUUGUGCUGCGCUUGCUGAAGCAGAAACCUGUCCUAUUUCCUAUAGAUGUAUUUGCAAUAGUAAAUCUUACCCCGUUCCUUAAGCUAGAGAUUUGAAUGUUU